AACUUAUGGAUGAAAACUAAAGGAUGCAAUAAUGUAUUCACUAAGAUUCCUAGAACAAACCAGUUGGCACAUUAAUUUUCUUUCAAGAAAACACACACAGAGAGAAAGAUAUGAGUCUUCUUGAUUUGAAGGUAGAACACCGAGUUCGAAAUAGACAGUCAGCAAUUUUAUGGAAAGAACGACUGAGGAGACUCAAGAGUCUGAAGGAUCCAAGAACUUCUACUCCCAUAACAAAUGCAGCAGAGAGUAUAGGCAUACAGCAGCAACAAAUAAUGGACCUGGAACUUUGGGAAGCUGCAAAGAAUGGAGACGUUGACAACUUCAUAACCUGUUUAGAGAUAUUUUCCAAAUAUAAUGAUGCUCCUCUAUCAACCAUUUUCAGCCAGUUGACUUUUCCUGGCCAAGAUACAUUCCUUCAUGUUGCAGCCGGCUAUGGACACGAAGAUCUCGUUAGUUUCAUUGUUAAUCAUUUCUUUGAACUGGUUACCUGCAGAAACCAUAAAGGCGACUUGGCCUUACAUUUGGCUGCCAGAGCUGGACAUGUCGGUGUAGUUGCAAUGCUUUUACGAGUUGAAGAAGAAAAAGAGGGCAAUGAAACGCAAGCAAAAUUCCCAUGUCUAGCUGUGAAUGAUGAUGGAAACACUGCAUUACAUGAAGCCAUGCUAUAUAAUCAUAAAGAUGUAGCCAAUUGCCUCAUAGAGUCUAAUAUAGAGGCAGCAUAUUAUGUGAAUAAACAAGGCAAGUCGCCAUUAUAUCUGGCUGUUGAAUCUAGUGAGAUUGAGUAUGUCAGCAGCAUAUUGCACGGACAAUCUGAAAACAUGCAUCUACUAGAUGAGCAACUUACCAAGGGAAGAUCCCUUAUGCAUGCAGCAAUAAGGAUACAGAGCAUAGCAAUAUUAAAUAAAAUUGUCGAGAGCAAGCCUAUGCUUAUCAAUGUCAGAGACGAGAAUAACCUUAGUCCACUCGAUUUGGCAUCAUCCACAAUGUUUCUGGAGGGGGUGAAACUGUUAGAAGAUUGGCACAAACAAGGUACGGCAAAUACUGAUCCAGUGACUAUAGAUAAUGAUUCUCAUAGCAGUACACAAGAAAUACCCAUUGAAGAUAUAAGACAAUCAGACUUGCAAAAAAAGGAAUACGACAGGUUGCAGAACCUAGAACUUAGUCAAAAGGUUCACAUAUCACCUGAAGGCAGCUUGGUUGGGAUCGAGUCAUGUGCCUUGAACUAUACAGAUGUGCAAAGAACGGAAAAAGGGAUGACUUCUUUUCUCUUUUAUCUUCAAAAAACUUCCCCCCUUCAGCUAUUUACAUCCCAAAGACUCCUCUGCAGAAUACAUUCCUUCACGUUGCAGCUAGUUUUGGGAACGAAGAUCUUGUGGGGUUCAUUGUCCAACAUUUUCAAAGCUUUCUCAGCAUGAGAAAUAACAGAGGUGACACAGCCCUUCAUGUGGCCGCUGCUGCUGGUCACCUAGCAAUAGUAGAAAUUCUUCUGGAAUUCCAAAGGGAGCAACUGAGAAAGGACUUCCUUCAGGAUAAUGGUAUACAGAGCAUCAAUAAGACAGCAAUUGAGAAACUUAAAGAAAGAGUACUGGUAAAUGAUGAUGGUAACACACCUUUGCUUGAAGCUUUGAUAAAUAAUCAUGGAAAGGUUGCAGAGUAUCUGAUCAAAGCAAAAAUAGAAGAUGCAUAUUUUGUAAACAAGCAAGGAAAAUCAGCAUUAUUCGUGGCAAUUGAAGCUAAUAACGUUGGCUAUGUUGAUACUAUACUAAGAACCGACAUUUCUUAUGCUUACCAGCAUUUUUUAUAUGAAGAAGUGACAAAAGGAAAAUCUCUAGUCCAUGCUGCAAUAAAAUCAAGAAACAUAGUUCUACUGAAAGAUAUCACAGAGAUGAAGACUGCAAUACUGAAGAUCAAAGAUGAGAAAGGACAGACUCCACUUCACUAUGCAGCGUCAACUAACUUUACUGAGGGGGUUGAUUUCUUACUUGACAAACUUAAAAUGGACCUCAUUGAAAAGGAUGCUGAUGGAUUAUUUCCUAUACACUGUGCUUCCAAGUAUGGUCAUGUUGGCAUACUUAAGAAGUUGCUUCAAGAUAGCCUAGAUGCAAGGGAGUUUGUAAAUCAAGAUGGUCAAAAUAUCCUUCAUGUUGCAGCUAAGUACGGAAAAUACAGUGUUGUUACAUACAUUUCAAAAAAUCCAGGGCUUGUGCUUCUACUUAAUGAGAAAGAUAAGGAAGGCAACACACCGUUGCAUCUGGCAGCAAUGAAUUGGCAUCCAAAGAUUGUAAGUUGUCUGACAUGGGAUAAAAGAGUUGAUCUAAAGAUUGUUAACAACGAAGGCUUAACAGCUCUGGAUGUUGCUGAAGACAAUAUAGAAGGAAUAACUUCCUCUAGACAGCGGCUAACAUGGACGGCACUGAAGUCUGCUGGUGCUGGAAAAGGAAUGCUAACAAAGAAGCCAAAAUUAGAGGGACUGAAGUCUGCAAAAACUGAGCCAUACAACAUGGAAUAUUGGAAAGAUAGGGUGAAUACUCUCUUGCUAGUGUCGACCCUUAUAGCCACUGUGACUUUUGCAGCUGCCUUCACAAUGCCUGGAGGGUUAAAUGAUUUAGAGCCAGACCAUGGCCUGACCACUUUGCUAAAUAAGCUCAUAUUUAAGGCAUUUGUGAUUUUUGACAACAUCGCAAUGUACAGUGCUAUAUUGAUGUCUGUCUCCCUGAUGUGGGCGCAAUUAGGUGACCUUACUCUGGUAAUCAAUUCUCUAAGAUUAGCUGUGCCAUUGUUGGGAGUCUAUCUCACCAUGAUGUCUUUAGCCUUCAUGGCUGCGGUGUACGUUGUGAUUAGCAAACUCUUCUGGCUCUCGCUUGUUUGCUUCACACUGGGGCUCAUUUUUCUUGCCUGUCUUGCAACACUCUUUUUCCCGUUCAUUCUACCCAUCUCCUCCAAUAAAACCAUUGUACGUUCCGCCUCCUAUUAUGCAUUUUGUCUGUUGAUGUUGGGUUCCGGAUGCUUCUUUGAUCCCGAUGUAGAGAACAAUUAUCAUCCAUUUAGGUGGCAGGAAUGAAAUACAAUGUAAUACACAUAUCAUUCCCACAGCCUUUACUGAUCAAA